CAAAAAAUUCUACAAUGUCGAGCAAAGGUGGAUAUCCCCAGCAAGGUCAUGGUGGCCAAGUCAAUCCACCACAAGGACAACAAGCCAGUGUCGUGGUCGUAAAUCGACCAAAUGCGCAUCUUGGUUUCGCCAUAUUCACCUGUUUAUGCUGUUUCUUUCCAACUGGUAUAGUUGCUAUCAUCUUUGCAUGUAUGUCUCAAUCAUCCAGUGACAGAAACGAUUUCACAAAAGCUCAAGAAGAAGGAAAUUUGGCUAAAAUUUUAUCCAUCAUCAGUUUGGUGAUCGGUCUCAUCUGGAUUAUUGCUGUUAUUAUUUAUGUUAUUGUGUUUUUUGUGGUCUUGGCGGACGCUGUCUCUACGGUGGUCACUGCGACAAAUAGUGGUUAGAAAAUCCGAAAAGCCGCAAAAACUUCUUAUUCUUGUUACUAAGUUCCUAGUGCCUCUGUUUAAACUGCAUGUACUGAGUCGAAGUAAGACUAUUUUAUGAAAUGCAUCUCUUUAGCCAUACCAUGUCAAAGUGGCGAUAUCCCACCAAAAACUUACAUUCUUACCUAUAUUGAGAGAAGCAUCUCUAAGCUGAAAUUCCAUUGUCUUUACAUGGCAAAAUAAUGAUGUUUUUGAGAUGAAUUCUCUUAAUAAUGUCAAACAAUACUCGUUUAAAUAACUAAACAUUUUAGGUAAAAAAUAUUUUCAAGAUAAGUCUUUAUUGACAGAAAUUAAAUGCAUGCAGAAUUUUAAAAAGGACACCAUUUUGCUCGACGUUACCAAAAAAUGGCGUUAUCUUGUCUUAGCAUGUGACGCCAUUUGCUUAGUUACGGCGAACAAAAUGGCGGCCAUAGGCCAUAUGUCAAGUAGGCUAUAUUGAUUCUUCAACAUUGUUUCUCUCUCUGUGAGCAGUCUUGAUUGUAUAUUCCGUCCGAUUAUGUACUAUUUUUUAAUUUGUUGUUUUCUUUUCUUACGUUCUAUUAAACAGUUAUUUUUGU